CAGGGGUGUAGGGGUGGAGAAGCUCAGAGAGGUAAGAUGGAGCCAGACCAUUUAAAGAUUUAAAAACAAAUAAAAGAAUCUUAAAAUGAACUCUAAAAUGCACAGGUAACCAAUGGAGGGAAGCCAGGAUGGGAGUAAUGUGCUCCAUCUUAUUUACUCCAGUUAAGAGCUGCAUUUUGUUCCAAAUGGAGACAUGAGAGGGAGGACUGGUUGACUCCAAAGUAAAGUGCGUUACAGUAAUCCAGCCGAGAUGUAACAAAGGCAUGGAUUACUGUUUCAAAGUGCUUAUGUGCAAGGAAUGGCUUUGCCUUCGCCAGCUGCCUAAUAUGAUAAAAGCUAGAUUUCACUUCGGAGCUAAUUUGCCUUUCAAAUUUAAAAUCACUGUUACAAAACCCAAAAUUGAGAUGGUUGAGAAUGGAACCCAGGGGCAGCAAAUACAAAGAAAAGAGCAGGGGCCCUAAAAUCUACCCUUUUGGAACCCCAUACAGCAGUGGAGCAGAGCUGGACACCGAAUCUCCAAGACUAACACUCAUUGUUCUGUCAGCCAAAUAUGACUUGAACCACUCUACUCUACUAUGUAGCGCUGUGGUUAUGAAUAACUAUCACAAAGUAGUGAAUUUAAGGGAAUUCAUGUGGUGAUAAUAAAUAUUUUAGUCAGCUGGUCAUUUUUGCUCACUCAAAAUCUGCCAUAUUUUGGUUCUCUCUCCUGCAGCUGUUAUCGUGCCAAGGAGUCUUCACAUGCCCCAGGAAUGGGUGGGAAAGAAACUAAGUUUACAGUUUUUAUAUUUUUUUUAAGAAUUUUUUUUGUUCAUGAAUGCCUAAUUUCCGUUAAAAAUAAAAACACAGAAGAGGACAGCGAGAAGAUGAGCAAAGAAGUCAGCGAAAAGGUUUUUGUUUAAUUUUGCUUUGUGUGCUUUUCAAUGUAUAAUUUGGUUAGGCCAUGUAGCGCCUGAGUCGGUAUGAUGUUGAAAUUAAAGUGAAAUUAAACAAAAACCUUUCUUCUUACUUCUUUGCUUGUCUUUUCGCCGAUGUCUUCUGUGCUUAGAUCGUAAAACACCGGUGCAUCAUCAUUGUUGGUCCCCGGCAACUCACUUCUAUUGUGGCUUUUUUUUUUUGCAUCCUUUUAUUCUCACAGAAAGUUACUUUUUUUGGGUUGUUAACUUCCGUUGUGGCCUUUUUUUUAUUUAUUUAUUUAUUUGCACCGUUUCUUUUUUAUUUGCAGCGGGCUUCAGUUUUCUUUUCUUUUUUCUUUCUUUUUUUUUGGCAUUGUAACUUCUGUUGUGGCUUCCCCCCCCCCCUUUUUUCAUUCUUUUUAUUUUGAAGCAGUGGCGGUUCUCGGCCACCGUAUACAAUAAAGUAUUAAAAAAAUACUUUUACCUGUUCGAAAAAGUUGCUGUAGUCGCGUGGUCCAGGACGAGAUCUCGUUCCUUCCAGCGGAGCUUUUCUCGCCGCAGCACCAACUUGUCACCAAAGAUGGCGAUUUGCUGAGUGCUCAUGGAUACACACAUUUCUCGGCUAGUUGUUAUCUUCACAGAAACGCAAACUUUGCGAACAAAUUAACCGCUUUAGAGAGCGCUUAUUUCAUCACCUGAAGCACACCUGACACCGGGUCAGCCGCCGCUAUCAUGCAGAUCACUCUUAAAACUCUGCAGCAGCAGACGAUUCAGAUUGAGAUAGAUCCCGAAAAAACGGUGAGUGGCUAUUAGCUUACCUGCUAACUUUAGCUAACACUAUUAGCUCUGGGAUAUUUGUGGUAACUUCACAGGAAGAGUCACUAGUUUUGUUUGUUAUUUACAAUGAGAUGAACAUUGAGGUUGUUUAAACUUAUCGAGUGAGACUACUAAUAUUAUGAAGGGAAGCUAAAUGCCAAAUCUGAAUAGCAAACGGUAGCCGGAUGGCUAGCUGAGUAGCCCGUUCCCAAAGUCACUGCGCCGCGUUGUAAAAUGACUUUUAAUCGUUUACUAGAGUGUUUUUGUGUCCUUUUAGCAACUAAGCUUCUCUAUUAUCUCAUAGGAUUCGACUUGCAAUGGUUCAACCAGCCCAAGCUGUCCAAAAGGCUGUGUUUGCUAAUGCUAAUGCUCAUGACACUGCCAAUUACCAUUAGCCUCAUUGGUACCGUACUAAAAGCCUGCUAAGUUUGUUAGCAUGCUCACAUUUGCAUUAGCGAGCUGCCAAGGCUGCUUCAGGCGCCUGCUAGAGUGUUAUUCGAUAUGAUUCAACUAUAUUGACAUUGUUCCCGGAUAAUAUCACCCAAUAGGAGUCGUUUUUCUCCUCCAUUAUUGUCACUGUCAUGCCGUCUAAUAUACUUAGUCUGAUCACAACAUCAGCCAUUCAUACUAAUGUGAGUCAGUUCUGGUGCUUUUCUGCUUUAUAGUGACACUGUCAUGAGUUCAUGUUGGUACACUUACUCACAAAGAACAACAACAAACCCAGUCUGAGGUUUAAGACAUGAAUGAAUGCAGGGAAAGGAAGUAAUAUAAGUAAUAAAAGUCCAGGAGACCAAAGGGAAGUGUUGGCAUGUUGAUUUUGAUGAAAUAUAAAACCCACUUCUCCAUCAGGUGAAAGCUCUCAAAGAGAAGAUUGAAGCAGAGAGAGGAAAAGACAACUUUCCUGUAUCGGGGCAGAAGCUGAUAUAUGCUGGAAAAAUUCUUCAAGAUGACACACAGAUCAAGGACUACAAAAUCGAUGAGAAGAGUUUUGUUGUAGUGAUGGUGUCCAAGGUGAGAUCUUAAAGUUCCUCCUUUUCAAGCAUUGUGUUCUUAAACUAAAUAACUAUUGAGCGUAUUUUGCCAUUUUAUUAUUCGGUCACCUGCCUGCUAACAGCACCCUUUUCUUUUGUCAAAGGCUAAGCCCGCGGCCUCCGCCUCGCCUCCAGUCUCAGAAGCACCCAAACCCCCUGUACAGGACUCCGGCUGCACGUCAUCAGCCGCGCCAGCCACAAACCCCGCGCCAACCCCUGCCCCAGCCCCAGUCGCGACUCCAGCAGCUGUCCCCAUUCCCCCCGAGGAGGCCAAAGAGGAGCCAAGUGCCACAGCUACGGAACAACCGCAACCAGCCGGGUAAAGACUGUCUGUUGUAAAUCGUAUAAUUCUUUUAAAUGAGUUUGGUAUGAUUUACAUUUUGGAAACAGAUGGAAAAUUAAUGUCAUUAUUAAAUUUUGAUAAUAAAUGUGAACAGAAUGAGAGGACCUCAUUGUGAGAGGAGAAGAAAAUGCCUCUUGAGUCUUUUUCGACCCUUAUCUAUCAAACUGGGAAAGUCAAAGCAAAGUCAAAAAUAGCUCAAACUAUGAAUCAGUUGGCAUAGUGAGGAAUCACAGGAAAUUUUUGUGUACAAAGUGUUUAGUUUCAGGGGGAACAACAAUUUUCUUUUAUAUCUUUGAUACCAUUUCCACUUAAAGUAAUCCGCAGUAUAGUAUAAGUAUAACAUGACUCAGUUUAGCCGACAACAUUGUGUCUUUUCAAUCACAGUUAAGAUCCUUAGAUUGUCCGAGAUUGUCUGAUUUAUUUCCUUUUUGUUUCUGAAGCUGCAGCGGUGGGAGUCAGGGCUUGGAUGCCUCCUCAGCACUUGGUAUGCUCUGCCAAACUCGCAUCAUUUUCUUUUUUUGAUAUUGACAGUAGCGCACUGUUGUGUUCACUUUAAGGCUCCUUGUUUAUGUUGAAUAAUUUAAGGCAUACCUUAACAAAUGAUAUAUCAGUAACCCUGUCAUCUGUGUAUGUGGGUGUGUUUCAUUUCCAGUUACGGGAGCCGAUUAUGAGGCCAUGCUGACGGAGAUCAUGUGUAUGGGCUAUGAAAGAGAGAGAGUGGUGGCUGCGCUAAGGGCCAGUUUUAACAACCCCCACAGAGCGGUGGAGUACCUUCUUACUGUGAGUCACACACACACACGCACACACACACACAAAGUAUCAAACUGAGUGAUGUCAUUCUUACCCGCAGAAAAACACCCUGUGUAAAAAUCCUCUAUAAGAUGAAGUCAUUUAUUAAAACACAAGCUUUAGACUACAACAGAAGACUGGGUUUAGAUUUUCAGCCUGUUAACUUUCAGAUGAAAAAGUCUGUGGUUAUCAUAGUUAAUACAGGGAAUCAGUGUCUUUUCACUGUAAUGUCAAUAUGUCCUUAUCGGAUGUGUCUUUGACGUAUAACUGAACUGAGAGACAUCUGUGAGGACUCAUCUGGUUUUGAACAGCUGUUGUAACACUGUGAACCACAAACGUAUCAGCUGAAAGUCACCAGUGAACAGGGAAAUUUGUGAACCAAAACACCAGCUCACAUGCCGAUACCUCUCUGUGCCCGCAACACCAGUGCCCAUUGAAAGGUUCUUUUUUUAGCUGCUGGACUUCCAGCUUAAAGACUGAGGUCUUGACUGUCACCCAACAAAACUGGCAUUUUAUAUCCAUAAAUACAUUUGUUGUUGUGUGUGCUCUUUGCUGACUGUUCAGCGCAGCUGUUUCAUGGUCUAAAAAUGCUAAUCAAGAAGUCUUAUUUUGGUUAAUUGCAGGUCUGUCAUUGGUUGUUUUCUUGAUGAUGAAUUAUGGUGCAUUGACUUAAUCAGACCGCCCAUUUCAAUAGCGAUUAACUUGCUUUUUUAUUAUUUGUAAAGCUUUGUAAUAUUGCUUUUUGGAAGACUAGCAUCUUCAUAGUGCACAUUGAUUCAUGUGAGCUGUCAGCCAUGAUCAUCAAGAUUUAAUUACAAAAAAAAGUCUUGACAUAUUUUCAGGGUUCUUACACAAGUGUGGAACGUAUGGAAAAGUAUGAAAGUAAUUUGAUCAAUAUAAAAUAUAAAAAAUAUUUGUUUCCAGGCUAUUACCACAGUGAAAAGAAAAUACUGUGUUCUAAAAUAGAAAAGGAGGUAUUUCUAAAAAUAGUUCUAAAAAGAGUAUGGAAAUUCCAAUUGUGUAGGAACCCUGUAUUUUACUUAAUGUGAUUAGUCUUGAACAUAUGACAUUUUCACUUUUUGAACUGAAUUAUGGGGAAAAUAAACACUUUCAGGACAUUCAAAUUUUUUGUGUGCUGCACCUGUCGGUAAAACUUUGAGGACUGCAAAAUUCUCACAGAAGUUUAGUCCUGAUAGAUUCAUCUUGCUGUUAGGAACCGAAAACCAAAACCUAAUGCCUCAUUGAAGCUACAACAAAUUUCUGAAAUGUGAAACAGAAGCGGUUCUUGAUACUCAAGUAGUAAAAGGUUUAAAAUCAAUACAUGCAAUAUGACUUUUGACAGUUUUUCUGAGUGUUUCUUGCCUUUAGACGACCCUAAAAUUCAUAAUUAAACCUUCCCUCAUGUCCAGUAACUUUGUUCCUCAUUUGUUAAUGUCUUUUUCAGUCUAUCCUCUUAAUAAUUUCAUUGCCAACAGUUUAGGAUAGUGCAAGGCAUUUUCUUUUAAGUAUGGCACCACAAACUGCUGCACUGUGAAAAACUCCUGGUUUGUGUUGGUUCUGGCGCCCCCUGUGGACAAAGGGACAACUCUUAUCUCUGGUUUCAAAGACAGGUUUCUUGUGUACAAACAAUACUAGGUGUGCGUGCAACAAUGGCACAAAAGCCUGCUUAGGAGUGAACUGAUAUCAAUGAAGAUGCCGUAUUGUUUGCAAGUUCUCCCUGACACAAUAGCAAUAAAAUAUCAUUUUAUUGAAAAAUUGCUUUGUCUUUCAUUGCAUCAAAAUCAGAAAAACAUGCUGAAAUGUCCAUGAAUUUCACUCAAUUUACCAGCCUGUGACGUUGUUUUAGAUGUUUCUUAUAUCAGGAGCAAGGUCGUAAUGUUUGCCGAUUGUUUGUUUUGCCGAUUCGUUCAGUUUACAGCACAACAGCUCCUUGUCAUUUUCUGUCUCCUUUGACUCCGCUUGUAAACAAAUAAGAAAUGUUCGGCUUUCUGCCCCAUAGCUGCGCGCAUACCUGCGAUGGCGUUGCACAGAAACCCGUCUAUACAUGUGAAAGUAGUCUCUUGAGACAAAACCAUCAUCCUGUUUUCUUUUAACAGUAAAUUGUCACAAUUGUUGUGAGUGUAAAAACUAAAUUAAAGCCUGCUGUCAAUCUGGUCUGACACCUACCCCCCCUCACAGCUAUAGAGAAACCAUCAGUCACAGUACCUUCAAUAGACCCGAAUCCCCUCAAAGUAUAAUCAAGACCAUCCUUGAAUGGUAUGUAACUGAAUAUAAGCAUAAAGGACUUUCUGUAACUUUACUCCGCAGCAGCAGCAGAGAACCAAAGUGAUUUUAUUGAGUCAUUUUAAAAAUAAAGGUCUUACACUCUUUUGCGAUAUCCAUGAUUCUUUAUCAGGAACUCUUCAUGCAUGUGAUUGACACUCAUAUUGUUGUGUUUCCAGGGUAUUCCCAGCAGCCCAGUCCAGGAGAGUAACCCCCCUGUGCAAGCCCCCACAUCUGGACCUACAGAAGCACCAUCUCUAGCAGAGGGUAAAGCAUACAGAGCGAUGCGAACAUUUCUGUCGACUCAUACUGUGUGAAAAUAAUAAGUCGAGCUGCUGAGAUGUAGUAAAACUGCCCAGGAAAUGUUUUGCAUUUUUUAACACAAACCACAAAAAGCUCCCGAUGUAGACUUGCAGUCUCAUCUAGUAUCCAUGCAUCAGAGUAAAUACCCUGAACUCUGUAAACUUUCCUUCAAGUUCACUUUGAGAAACCUGUUCUGGCUCAUUUCCAUGUGCGACCGCAACCGGGCCAAUACUCACUCACUGAAUAAAAGGCUCGAUAACUGGGGGAAACUUCAUCAGCAGGCAGUGACUCAUAAUAUGACUCAGCAUUCGCCAAAUGUUUUUGUACCAGGCUACAGUAACUGAUCAUUUAAGAGUGUGAGGAACUAUCUGAAACUAUCUGAAAACGGUUUGAUCCCCAGCUUCUAAAGUCCACGUAUCUGACAGUCCAAAAGUCUUUUCUUAUUCACUUUUCAUCAACCCUGAUCGAAAACGCCUCAGGGUCGUGAAAAAGUGUUUGUAAAGGGUUAGGAGGAAAACUGCGGUGUUUGGGGAAAAUCCAACUGCUCUUACACGAGUUAGAUGUUAUAUCAUACGAGUUGUUUCAUGCAUCCACAUGAACAGUGAAUACUCUGUGAUUAUAGAUGAUUUUUAAGAUGUUUAAUUUUGGGCUUUAUUUCGAGAGGACAGGGCAGUGAACAGAGCAGGAAGUGAGGACAGAGAGUGAGGAGCGACGUGGGAAAGGCACGCUGAGAUAGACAGUAGAUUUUUACAGGGUUUGAGGCAGAGCAGCUCCUCAGAACGAGACAGUCUUCAGCUGCUGUGACAGUGUGAGGAUCUGAGAACAGCUGUAAGGUUUCGUAUCUCUUAGAUGCCAACAUGAUAUAUAUUCGUAUGUGUUAAUCUUAAUACAAUCUAUGAACAGGAUUUCGUAUCUGAUUUUUAACAUGCCAGCCCUAACAUCCCUACAUUACAAGAAAGGCUGGCGUUCUUGAGAAGACUGAGAGUGUGGGGAUCUCUGUUUUUCACUUCUAUUUUUAAAUUCAGAAGAUUUGAGGAGUGGGCGCGGAGGCUUUGAGUUUGCUGGCACUUUUUUUUUGAGAGGUUGCUUCAUAAUGCAAACCAAAAAUAUGGUUAUAUUCUUUUGCAAAUGUUAACUUACAUCAUGUGUCAGCAGGAGAGAACCCACUUGCAUUCCUGCGAACCCAGCCUCAGUUUUUGGACAUGAGACAGGCCAUCCAGCAGAACCCAGCUCUGCUUCCAGCUCUGCUCCAGCAGCUCGGUCGGGAGAAUCCUCAACUUCUACAGGUAACAACUGAAGAUCUUGGGUGAAAGCUUAGCUCUUUUUAACAACUAACAUGGUUUUAAAAUCAACAAUCAUAUCUUUGCAUAUUUAUUCAGGUGUCUUAAAAAAAUCGAAUCCCUCCUUUUCUUCCCCUCUAUAGCAAAUCAGCCAGCAUCAGGAGCUGUUCAUCCAGAUGUUGAAUGAACCAGUGGGUGAGGGUGGAGAUGCACCAGAGGCUGGAGAGAUGGGGGCAGCGGGAGAGGAGGGCGCACCUGUCAACUAUAUCCAGGUUACACCACAGGAGAAGGAAGCCAUUGAAAGGGUUAGUAAGACAUGAAGGAAAAGAAAAAAAACAAAUAUAAUAUAAUAUAAUAUAAUUUUUUUUAAGAUCACAAAUCUAAAAUUUAGGGUUUCUUUGUUUUAAGAGUUUCUGGUCAAUCUCCCCCCUCUCUCUCUCUCUCUCUCUCUGUUUAGUUAAAAGCCUUGGGUUUUCCUGAGGCUCUGGUGAUCCAGGCUUACUUUGCCUGCGAGAAGAACGAGAACCUGGCAGCAAACUUUCUCCUCAACCAAGGACAGGAUGAUGACUGAGCAGCAGAGAUCACUACCUUCCUGCUCCUCCCUCCUACACCUCCCCUCUACAGCUCAGCAUAAAGACUGCACCCUCAAAUUACUGUACAGCCACCAACCUCAGCUCUACCCAACAAGAGGGGAGGAGAAGGGAGAGCCAGCAGGGGGGUGCGGGUGGGUGGGUUAGGGUGGGAUGGGGCAGAAGAGACUGGGUGGGUUAGGUUACGGCGGGGGGGGGGGGGCUACAAGUACACAAAGGUUGUGUGCAGGAAGAUGUGGGUGGGUUAGGAGUGCAGAAGUAUGAUAAAAUCCACGUGAAUUCCAAUGGAAUGUGUGGGGUUUGUCUUUCGGGAGAUCUGUACUUUGAUUUUAGAUGCGCUUUGUGAACAUUAGGGAGGGGAUGCAGGCGGGUGGGUGGGGGGGUGAUGGGUUUGCGACCGGUGUGAGUGCUUGUGUCUGCGUGCGCGUGUGUGAGUACAUGUCUGUGUGCCUGUGCAGAUGGAUGUGAAAGCGCAAAGUUGAAAAAGUAAUCAAUUUGCAUUCUCUAAGUUUGUUAAUGCUGUAGCUGGAUUGUAUGGAAGCACAUUGUCCUCUCACUGCACUGCGACAACAUUCAGUGUGUGUAACUGCUUGUAUGUACCUUCGUUAGCCUCAUGUACGUACGUCCAAGAAUGAAACUGGCAGAUAUAGUUUGGACUGUGCUGCCCCCCCUUUUUAUGUGUCUGACAUUAUGUUGCUGGGUGUUAUCAGUCUGUUUUGGGAAACAGAGGGAACUAAACUGACGGUUCAGUGUUUGAUUAUUUUUUUUACUUUGUAACACACUCACCUGCUCCUCCAUGGUGGCUGCACAGAUUGCAGCUAAUCAAAUUUCUGUGCCUCCUUGUCAAGGUCGCCGAGAUAUGGGACUAUUUUGUGUAUGCUAAUAGCCUAUAGUGCUAAUUAACACUACCCAUAAAAAAACUACUGUACAACUUAAACACUAGGUUUCCUGAGAAUCUGAUGUUUUACUAAGGUAUCCCAUCCUUGAAUACAUUUUAAAAUCUAUAAAGCAGUUCUCCGCUAUCAAUCAGUUAGUAUAUAUGGCAAAUGAUCUUGACACCCAUUCUACCAAAAGAAGGACUUAUUGAUUAAGACAUUGUUCACUGCAUUUUUCUCUCCAGUUUGCACAGCUUUGAGCCACGGUAUGCGACGGGCAAUAUUUUUCAGUAAACUCCUUAUGUAAAAGAGGUGAAUAACCACGCUCUGUGAGUACCUGGUUUUUCAUAUUUUCAUAUUUAAUGUGCAGCUUGUUGGGGUCUAAACCAUCCUUAAAAUGUAUUCUCUAGUUAGUGAGGGUAAGAAUUAUCAUCAGAUAGGAUGGGAUAAAUUGAUAAAGUCAUAUUAAUACAAAUAUGUUUUCCUCGAUAAUUCAUUUUAAACAUAUAUCCAUAAUAGGAUAUUCACACAACAGCUUUAUCUGAUCUCAAGGAAAAGUCAAGUACAACAGAGACCAACCUACAACUGCACUACUACAAAAUACAACUUUUUGCAUACCAAACUUUUUCAAAAAGACCACAAAGAGACAAAACAACUUAAAGAGGCAGGAGAAUAGACUAUAAAAGGAUAAUAUGACUUUAAAGAUGCAGAAGAGUAGACUAUAAAGACUCAAAAAGAGAUCGAAGAGACAAAAUGACUUUAAAGAGGCAGAAAACCCCAAAGGAAAAAAUGAAACUGGACUACAAAAAAACAACUCAAAUGAAAAAUACAUUAUGGCUGAGCUGUUAGCAUUUUGUGUUUUUCCUCUUCAGUAUUUGCUCUAGGGAAGGAGGUUGUGUAGGAUUACACAUAGUAGGCAUCAGUCAUGUACUUUCAUAUAAAAACAUCUACAGUUGUUAAAAUGUCAAUCAUUUGAACACUGAAUAAUAACGCAUAUAAACCGUUCACAAUGGAGUCCAUUCUUGGCACGUCCUGGGACUAUUAAAGGUCAGCCAAAUAGUUUUUUACUUGUUUUGAAAUUUUGCCCCCCUUGUUUGAAUAAUCACCGCAUCUGUAACAUCAGUGUUUUGUACCUUUAGUUUGCAUAGAAACAUUGAAUCCAGGGGAAUGUACAGGCUUCAUUAUGCACAUUUGAGGCUCAGUUACGCACCAAGAGGCUAAUGAGAAGAACUUCUGCGAGGAGCAAAUCUGAUCUGUUAGCAUCACACUGUAUGUCCAGAUUGGGCCUUUUGUCCUCUACAGAUUAUGGUAUUACGAAGCUUGUUGUUACAAUUGCUGGCCUGGUUGUGUUAUGCGUGGUGGGGAUGUGUUGCAAAUGUUUUUGACUGCAAAGGCUCUCCAUAAACAAAAACUGUUAAAGAAAAAAUGGCUUUAGUCUCAUCCUGUACAUAUGAAUCAUAGAAAAACGUUUUUAUGGCAUGAACCAGAUUAAAUCUAGGCUUAAAUAUGAAGAGCAAAAAAUUCUGAUAUUUACCCACUCAGUAUAAAGUACAUUAUCCUGCUUUUUAUACAGCUAAUCUAAGACAUAGAAGUCAGGCACAAUAUGACUUGACCCCCAAAAAAUUCUAACAAAAGGUUUCUCAGCUGAUUUUUUAUGGGUCCUUAAAAUGACCAUCACUCCUUUGUAUUCCUUCUAGACCAGGAAUACUGGUGCCUGAUACAGGCUUUGUUCAUCUAAUAUUGCAAUGAGCAUAUGUGUAUGAUAGAUAAGUGAUUACAAGUACAAUUAUAUAUUAAAGUGAUUGGUUACCAGCACAUUUGUUUUUAAAAAUAAGUACAUUUUCCCUUGAGUUAUCACAUAUGUCUCCUUUUUCAUAUUGUGUUGCCUUGUGUUGGUAGUUUCUGUGGUUCAUAACCAUUCUUUUGAUUCCAAGAAAGAACUAAUUCAUUAGAACUGUAUGGUACUGUAAAAUUAGUCAAAAUAGGGCUGAGACAUGAAGGCUUAUUUCUGCUAACAAAUCUUAAAACAUAUCUUUGUACAUACCCCAACGAAACCCUAACACUUAACAUUUUUUUUGGCAUUUUUCCUAAUUUUUUUUUGUACCAAUUGACUCCAAAUGGUCUGAAACAUUCUCCUAAAAAGGUCAUGGACAGUAAUUUGAACCCUAACCCCAAUGUUACCCCAAGGUUACCCCAACGUAACACUUAAACAUCUAAAAUUUUUGGACAUUUUUCUAUUUUUUUUUCGUACUAAUUGACUCAAAAUAGUCCUGGUCAGUGAUUUUUACCCUGACCCCAAUACUUGAUACCCCAGACAAAUUUAAACUCCCUCCAAUCUACACUCUUGUGGCAAUAUCAGCUUUUAAUGGUGUAGAUACCGUCACUUCUACUUAUGGUUUAUUGUUAAUGAUCACUGAGAUGCACUCACUGUUGGGAUUUUUCCCCACUUUAACAUAUCAGAUAUUUUGGGGAUUUCUCAGUUCAGAAAGCUAACACGACAGCAUCAUCCGUAAAGUUUCUCACCUGGUUGUAUUUUCGUCGUUCAUGCCUCUGAGAGCAACCUUUUACUUUCUAUGGUACAUAACAUAAUGAAAAGUCCAGAGAACCUGAAGAAAUCUCAGCGCACAAGGGACAAACUUAUUUCAACAAAACAUAACUCUGUUGUGGAAACCACUGCACUGACUCAAAAACACUCCUGGUUUUAAACAGUUCCAUGCAUAGAGGACACCAUAUAAAAUCAUGAUCCAGAAGUGUCAGCAACUUUUCUGGGCCCGAGUCUCUUUAAGAUGAACUAAAGGUAAGUAGAAAACUCACCUGUGGUCUGAUAAACCAAAUUUGACAGUCUGUUUGGAAAUCAUGGAUGCUGUAAAUGUGGCUGGUCAGAGCACAGUUUGAUUAUUUGAGAGUGAUCUUGUCACUCACACACAUAAGAUGUUGAAAACAGAUUGCCUUAGAGUAAAAAGAUUACAAAGUAGACUGGAUCUAGUCCAGAUUUUGAUUUAUUGAAACAAAAUACCUUUGAAAACCUCCAGUUUCAGCUUUUUUAUACCUUCAAAAAGAACUGGAAUAAUGGCCCCACCCAUCAGAUGGAUUCAAGUUGGAUUGCUGGAACAAACACUCAUUAACGUCGACUGUGAGAUCUGUAUUUUGGGACUUUUGGGCCCCCCUGUGGACAAAGUAUGAAGUAUGUAGUUCCAUAUUAAACAACUUUAAGCUUCAAGAUUACUUUUUAGAAAAACUGAUUUCUUACCUGAUACUUGACAGCAAAAAAAGACAUUCAACUUCUGGAAACAACCAGACCAUGACUGCUGAUAUUUUCAUAUUUAAUCAUAUUUAACAGUAAAACAUUUUUGAUGUGUCUGGUAUCACAAUAUGAAAUUUGCUGCAGAAUGAAAGAGGACUCUUGCUUGCGUGUACCUUACUCUGUGUAUUGAUAGUAAUAAUCACAGUAAAGAGACGUGAUACAGUCAAGAACAUCCUUUUAUUCAAUCAAGUAAAGGGGUUGCUCUUUUCAAACUGUUUUUUAUUAUUAUUAUGGAAAAGAAACUGUAAUUAACACAUGCAUUUCACCACGGGCUCUGGGGAGUGCGUCUGAGGAUUGGACGCUGCUCCGAGGGACGAAAAGGAUGAAGAGGAGGAAGAGCAGUCGUGGCAGGAGGAGUCAAAGGACUGAGGUGAGGUCAGCUGACCACGGGGCUCAGCCUAAGCAUCACUUAACACAACCCAGCUUCCCUACACUUGUUAACAAGAAACUACAGAGAAGAAGAAAAAAAAAGUGGACGAUUUUGCCACAGGGUGCGACUGGGCUCUCUGAACGGUGCAGGGGCAGAUACUGGAGACACCUUCCCUAAACAAAACACACACACGCACACUCACGCAUACACAGUCUGCUCCGUGCAACCUGCUCAUCUAUGAUAUGGCUUCUCAUCUGUGGUGCUUUCACUUGUCAAGGUUGGAUGAGUAAUACUGCUGCUGGCUUCACUGACUUGAUGAAGAAAAUUAAAGAUACACGUGAAUUUUAUAAGGUCAAAAAUGAAGAAUUAGGCGGAGUUGCUGGUGGAAUUUUUCCGGUGUUAUCUCUUUUCAUCACCAAAGAUUUUGGAACAGCUUUGGGAACCACACCACUUUGGUCAAAGUAUCUUUUGAACACUAACAUCUCUCUAUGAUUGUGCUAAAUCCGAGCCUUUCAGUCUCCCAGGCGGGCAACCAGUCCGCUUCUAAGGUGCUUGAGUCAUUUUCAGUUGUUUUUUUUUUUAUUUUUUUUAUUUUUUUAAACAGCUGGUCUCAUUCAACCACUAGAAAGGUGCAUAAUUGAACAUCUCAUCGCAGCAUCUUCCCCGCUGCUUAAGAUACGCAGUAACAAUGACCAAGAUAAAAAGAAUUCAAAAGCAAAUCCAAAUUCAAUCAUAAAAAAUAAAUAGAUAAAAACAAGGAUUACAAACAAACCUGCCUACACUAGCAGUCCUACUGGUCAUCUCCCCUCUCCAGAGUCCAAAGCCCAGUUUUCCUGUAAGCGCUUUUCUCCCUUUUAUCUGGAAAGAAACUAGUUUCUUUGUUUUUCCUGAGCCAGCCUCCGUGUCCUCAGCACAGCCCAGAGCCCCGUGGUGUAACUUGUUCACUUACAUUAGCUGUUGAAUGGAGAAGCUGAAGAAGAUGGGUAUGGUGAUACAAUGUGAAGCUUACAGACAAGAAUAACAUGUGAGCUAACUGCAUUCUGCUCAGACAAAAAAAAUUUUAGCGUAUUUUUUUUUCCUUUCUUUUUUUUUUUUUUUUAAAACCCCGCCAUUCAGAUAGAGGGAGAAAGGAGGGGGGAGAAAAAAGGAGAGAGGGUUACGCGGCUACAGACUACUCCAGUGUCCAAGAAAGACAGAAGACAAGAUACAGAGGAAGAGAAGCAAGACAGAAUUUUUUUGGGCUUUUUUUUUGUUUUUUUUUUUCUUUUCUUAAUUACUCAACAAUAAAAAGAGGAACUAAAUCACACCGAUGUUCUUUAGUACUAUGUAUACUGCUUUAAAAAGCUCAGAGAAGAGGAAGAGAAAGAUAUAGAAGUAUGAAGGGGGGGAUUUUUUUUCUUUCGAGAUGGGCACUCAGGAUUACAAGAUGGAAUUUGUGAACAAAAGGCACUUUUUAGGGACAACCUUUAAGAUGCUCUGAGUCUAAAACACUACAUCACCAAACAAAUAUUUAUAAUCAUUUACAGUGGGAGGUGGGGGGAUUUAAGGGGGAAGGAGGAAGAGGGGGGAGAGAGAGGGGAUGGGUUCACUUGAAUUGAUGACAGCAGACCAGAGAGAGGCCUCUCAUUGAUUUUCACUGAAUCCAAACUUUCCCCUGACAUCUUCGCUCGGUUACAGUCUCAUUUCUCGCUCUACGGGGAUCUGUACUUUUGCAUCUCCCAAACUGGGGAAGAUCUUGUCUUUGUCCCUCAUCAGGAUCAUCUAUGUUGGAUACACUUUGAUACGGUCUGAGAAAACAUGUUUUAGGUUUUCGUCCCUAUGACUGUUCUGCUAUGGUGUAAAGGUUGGGGGGGGGAAAUGCCUUUUGUCACAACAACCUUUUUAUACAAUGAACCCCUCCCCCCUCGCUAAAUACAAAAAUGAGAAAUAGAAUAAUGCAUGUUUCCUAAAAUUUGCUUUUUAUGUUAGCAUUUUGUCAGAUUUAUACAUUUUGUUUAUCAUUAUUUAUGUAUAAUAGAGAUUGAAUGUACUUUAUUCUUUAUGAAAGCACCAGUUUUCAUAGUGAUAUAUAUUUUAAGAGUUGCAAAAUUGUUCCUUCAGCCCUCCCACAUUCUGAAAACAAAUUCAAUAGAAAUGAAGUUUUUUUUUCUUAAAAAAAGUCACAAAAAAGAAAAAAGAAUAAAAACAAUUUCCCCAAACUUACUUACAAAGACUGGGAUUAUUUUUACUUGCUGCACUCAUAUUUAGAGUCCCAGAGCAUGUGGACUUAAAAACAACAAAAAAACGUCGAGGGGUUUUUCCCUCUUUUCUUGUGACACCCUCAAACAAUUGCUAAGAAACAAACACAAUUCCUCUACCAAGGCAUUGCACAUGGCUCAAUCAACAUACAUCAUUUAGUUUCAAGAACAAUACUUCCCAUCAAAAGAAGAAAGAAAACAACAAAACCAAUUUUUUCAUUUGAAAACCUCAGCUAGAUUAUCAUCACUGUCUAUUUUGACGCUUCUGUUGUUUUGUUCGCCGUUGAUUUUUUCUCUCUUUUGUUGUCUAAUGCGAGUGUGGAUUUAGAGGCUGGUACUUGAGCUCUUAUCAGCUGUUUUUGAGAUGCAUCCUUUGACUGUGCGAUGUACGCCAUGCUUCAAAAAAUAACUAGACUGCCACAGAGCUUAUCUUGCAAAAAAAAGUAUAUAUCUAUAAAUAUAUAUGUGUAUUAUAUAUAAAGAUGCUUGCGGUUAUCUAGUGAGCUGUCACCUUUUUUACCUCUCCUGACAUAAAUUUUUCACCAUUCAUUAUAGCUUAUAUGUGAGAAAAAAGAACCUGAAUUCAUGUUUGACAAAUUGCAUAAUGGGAAUACAGAGGCACUUCCAUAGAUUAGAAAAGAAAUCAUCUUAGCCGUUGGUAACGUCUUAACCUACAAAGCUGAUGAGAUGGUCGCCAGUCGGUUGGCCAACUAUGUUGUGUUUCCCUGCAGUGAAGAACGUGGCCAGGCAGUCCAGUUAUUUUGUGAGGUUGGGUGAGUGGUUGAAAAUUUUGACAGGAGAUAACUAAAUCGAUCUGAAGAUGUAUGGGCCAGUGAUCUAAACAUGAUUGAAAGCAUUAAAAGGCCUCCUCAGAUUGUCUCUUGUUAAGACUUCCCUUUGAUAUCAGUGGGCACAGGGGGCGUGUUUUCAUAAGCCGGUGUGUCUACGCAGUGGUGAUCUGUGCUCUAUUACAAAUGCGUUCAGAUCCAUUCGUCUGAAACACGUCUUGGUGGUCCAUCUACUGAUUUGUUAAAAAAACUCACAAGUUGGCUGGCAUGAUUGUUUUAGUGCAGUUUUGAUCAUUAAGGGCUUAUCAACUCACAAAAAAAGAAGUGCUGGUGAGUGUGUGUGUGUGUGUGUUUUGCAUGUGUGUGUGUGUGUGUGUUUGGGGGUGGGUUUUCAACCAUAACAACUGAUAUCCUUGACUCAAACCUGUGCACCAAGACAAAACAGGGCACAUGGGCAAUCCUCCUAGUCUACUAGUUUAGAGGCCCUCACUUUCUCUCAGAAAAAACAGCCAGAUAUGUCACAUAUUCAUUUUGCUCCACAGUGUGGCCUCCUCUGCUCUUGGAGCAGUGGCCCGUCUGGGAGUGUAAACAACAGGGUAAACUUUAGGGAGACAGAAAGAAGAGCUAACUCUCUCUUUUACUCUGGGUCCCAUCCUCAGCAACCUUCUCGCCUCACUUCUGUUUCUUUAUCGCUCGUAAAUCACCACCGCCAGUCACCAGCUGUACCACGGUGCAAAAAAAGCAGAUGUGGCAAGCUUUUUUUUUUUUUUUUUUUUCGUCAAGUAAGUGCUCAGAAAAUAAACUUCCUGUGAUUGUCUAACCCUUCAUAAUGUGGUCUUGAUGUACGGUUUAUCUGGCACUGGGGACAAACAAACGACGACCAAGUUAGACCUUUUGAGAAAUAUACAAAGUUGCUGUCUACUCGAGAGUCGGACAAGAAGAUUGAUAUCCCUCUCGUGUUAUUAAUGCUGAAUACUAAGCUUAGCUUUGGAGGAAUGCUGGAGAUUUGAAUCAUGAGUGUCCAAAGAUAAAAAGAGAAAUCUGCCAACCAGCUGGUCGAAGGCUAAAAUAUUCUCUGCUUGUAAGGAGCUAUUACACGAUAAUCACAAUAGCUGCAGAGGGCCAAGUUUGAUGCUUUCGCCGCCUCUGUACCAGGAUAGCUGUCCAAAUGCAAAGCUAAGCUAAGCUACUGAAUGUACAGACAUAUGAAAGGUGCCAAUCUUCUUAUCUAGCUCUGAGAAACAGACAGAACCUAUUUCCCAAAACGCCUCUCUUUCUCUUUUAAGGUACUGCAUGUACUACUGGAUCAAGGUCAGCUAACC